UUUGGGGUACCUACGGUGCUCCGUUUGUAAAAACGACGGUUCCUACCCUCCUAACCCACCCCCUAAACCCCCUAUCCCAGGCCCACCCUUGCCCCCCUCCCGCCCCCCUCCCUACCCUGGCAGUACACUGGCAGUGUACUGCCAGCCAAGGUUCAUGUCUGAACUCGACAUCCAUCUACCCACGGCCUUCGAUCCGUUUGCAGAUGCGAAUGCAGGAAACUCGACAUCGGAUGCAGGUGCGAAGGAGUACGUCCACAUUCGCGUCCAACAACGCAAUGGUAGAAAGAGCCUCACGACCGUGCAAGGGUUGAAGAAGGAGUUCAGCUAUAGCAAAAUCCUCAAAGACCUCAAGAAGGAGUUCUGCUGCAAUGGCACUGUUGUUGAGGAUCCAGAAUUGGGUCAGGUCAUCCAACUUCAAGGCGACCAAAGGAAGAACGUUUCAAUGUUCCUUCUUCAGGCUGGCAUUGUAAAGAAGGAGCACAUUAAGAUACAUGGUUUCUAGCUAAAUUAUUAUUGGAGCAAAGAGAUAUACUGCAAAGUACUAAGUAUUCUCUCCUAUUUGAGGCAGGGAUUUCUUGGAAAACAACCUCUAUACAAGUAGGGAUAAAAUCUACUUUCUGCGGGAUUUUUAAUAGGUUUCUCGUUAUUGUAUGUUUCAUUAACCAAUACAUUUAGUUUGAUUUU